UUGCACCUAAUAGAUAGCGUUCUUCUAGUUUCUUUCCUCUACGCUGUUCUAUGGGGGAAAACAGGGUUCUAGUGGUUUCCGCGACUGGCUAUAUUGGCAGGCAUAUUGUGAAUGCCUGCUUAGAACAGGGGCAUCCAACGUUUGUGCAAGUUAGGCCGGAAGCUGCAAGGGAUGUCGAGAAGGUGCAGCUUGUCCUGAGUUUUCGAAGAGCCGGAGCAAAGAUAUUUUGGGUGUCUUUAGAUGACCACGAUGAGCUUGUGAAACUACUUAAACAAGUGGAUGUUGUCAUCUGCACAGUCUCUCAUUUCCAUCUGGAUGAACAAUACAAACUUAUCAAUGCGAUUAAAGAGGCUGGAAACAUCAAGAAGUUUUAUCCUUCCGAGUUUGGAACGGACGUGGAUAGGAACCCACACAUACCACCCGGAGAUAAGUUAUUCACCGACAAAGUAGCAAUCAGAAGAACUGUGGAGGCUCUUGGAAUACCUUACACUUAUAUUUCAGCAAAUUGUUUCAUGGGAUUUUUUCUGCCCAGUUUUGCUCAACUAGAACCUCUGUGCAAGUUUGUUCCUCCAGGGGAUAGCGUUGUAAUCCAUGGCGAUGGAAACGUGAAGAUCGUUUGGAUGGCUGAAAAGGAUAUAGGAACUUACACUGCGAAGAGUAUCGAUGAUCCCCGAACAUUGAACAGGACUGUCUACUUCCGGCCGCCCAAGAACGUAUUGACAAUGAAUGAGCAGGUAGCCAUAUGGGAAAGCAAAAUAGGCAAAGCACUGAAGAAGAGCUACUUGAGUGAGAAGGAGCUAUUUGCCAAGUACAUACAAGAUGAGAAGCACCCUUGGUUGACCAGAGCAGCAGCAGCACACAUGUACGAGAUAUUUCAUAGAGGAGAUUUAUAUUUCGACUUUGGACCAGAUGAUUUGGAAGCUUCUGUUCUGUAUCCAGAGGUGGAGUAUACCACAGCGGAAUCGUAUCUUGAGUUAUUCGUAUGAACCAAUCUAUAGUUCAAAAAUUGGAUCAUGGUGAUUCUCAUCUGAUUUAAAUCGUGUUAUAUUAUAUUUACGAAAAGUUGAAGUGUGCUAUUUCAACAACCGUGUGACUAAUUUCUUGUC